GAGACCUCGUGGCGUCCGCCGAGGGCGCGCAGCCCCCACCCCGGUCGGCGCCUUCUCCGCCAGCGCGGGCGCCGGGGCGGGGGAGGCGCGGCCCCGGGCACAUGAUCCCCCCCGCUCGCUGCCGGCCGGGCACCUGACCCAGCGGCCCGGCGGGGUCCCGGCACACCCGAGCCGCGUCCCCGAGCACGGCCCAUGGCCUCCCCACGCCUGGGGACCUUCUGCUGCCCCACGCGGGACGCCGCCACGCAGCUGGUGCUGGGCUUCCAGCCCCGGGCCUUCCACGCGCUGUGUCUGGGCGGCGGCGCGUGCCGCCUGGCGCUGGGCCUCCUGCAACUGCUGCCGGGGCGACGGCCCGCGGGCCCGGGGGCCACGUCCACGUCCCCGCCGGCCUCGGCGCGCGCCCCGGCCUCCGUCCGCAUCCUGCGCGCCGCCGCCGCCUGCGACUUGCUCGGCUGCCUGGGGAUCGUCUUCCGGUCUGCGGUGUGGUUGGGAUUCCCCGAUUUCGUCAAGGACAUCUCAGACGUGAAUGGGACGGACCUUUGGCCUGCUGCGUACUGCGUGGGGACCGCAAUAUGGAUCCAGCUGUUGUACGGUGCCUGCUUCUGGUGGCUGUUUUGCUACGCGGUCGACGCCUAUCUGGUGAUCCGGAGAUCGGCAGGACAGAGCACCAUCCUGCUUUACCACAUCAUGGCCUGGGGCCUGGCCGUCCUGCUGUGCGUGGAGGGAGUGGUCAUGCUCUACUACCCGUCUGUGUCCAGGUGUGAACGGGAUCCGGAGCUCGCCAUCCCGCACUAUGUCACCACAUACUUGCCGCUGCUGCUCGUCCUGGGGGCCAACCCCAUCCUAUUCUGGAAGACCGUGACCGCAGUGGCCUCUUUACUAAAAGGAAGAAAAGGCAUUUACACAGAGAACGAGAGACGGAUGGGAGCCGUGAUCAAGAUCCGAUUUUUCAAAAUAAUGCUGGUUUUAAUUAUUUGCUGGUUGCCAAACAUCAUCAACGAAAGCCUUUUAUUCUAUCUUGAAAUGCAACCAGAUAUCAACGGGAGCUUUUUGAGACCUGUGAGAAAUGCGGCCAAGACCACGUGGUUUAUAAUGGCGAUACUGAACCCAGCCCAGGGAUUUCUCUUGUCUUUGGCCUUCUACGGCUGGACAGGAUGCAGCCUGGAGUUUCAGUCUCCCAGGAAGGAGAUUCAGUGGGAAUCCAUGGCAACGUCUGCCGCGGAGCAGCCCUACCUGUCCCCAGAUGGCUCCAGCGCACCCGGUGACAGCCUCACUUCCAGGAAGGUGCUGCGACUUGGCGGGCACGCGUCUGACGAGGCCCUGAGCCUGUUGUCUGAAGGUUCCGACGCCAGCACGGUUGAAAUCUAUGUCACAAGCGGGUCCCGCAACGAAAAUGAGGUGGAAUCUGUUCCCGAACCCCAGGGAGACCUCUGAGCGGGACGUGACAGGGGUCCGGUCCCCACAUCCUCAGGUUCUGCGUUUCUCACUCUUUAGAACUGCGUUCUCCCCACAAACCUUCCUGUCCUCGCCGUGUUGUAACGGUUCCUUCCCGAGGAGUAGCCGUGGUAAGAGACGCGAUCCGCGAGCACGAGCUUGGGAACAGAGAGAGAAUUCCUUCCAGACCAGACACAGCAGCUGCUCCCCACCCUUCUGAGGUUGCCUAUAAUGUAAAUGCCAGACCCAGGUCCUUAGAAAAGUGAAUAAAGUCGUUGU